AGUAACAUCAAUCUCCCACCUCUUAACAUUAACAUUCACAUUCACUGAGAGUCACACAGAAACAAGAGAAUGCAGAGAAACACGCCGGCGAGAAAACCACACUCUUCCACCUCCGAUCUCCUAACAUGGUCGGAAACUCCUCUUCGUCGUUUGCAUUGUUCUUUAUUUAUUUGUUUGCAGCCUUCGGAUAGAAUAAGCAAGGUGCUCCAUGGAGGCCAGCUCACGGAGGAAGAAGCUCAGGCUCUUUCAAAGAGCAAACCAUGCUCAGGGUAUAAAAUGAAAGAGAUGACUGGAAGUGGUAUUUUUUCGGGAAAUGCCAGAGAUUCGGCUUCAGAAGCCAGUUCUGCAAAUUUGAAUAACAAAACAAGCAUUCGCAUAUAUCAGCAAGCACUUAAUGGAGUUAGUCAGAUAUCAUUCAGCACCGAAGAAAGCAUUUCACCCAAGAAGCCUACCGCUAUACAUGAGGUUGCAAAGCAACGGGAGCUGAGUGGGACAUUGCAAAGUGAAUCGGACUCUAAGAUUAAGAAGCAAAUAUCAAAUGCCAAGACCAAGGAGCUCAGUGGAAAUGACAUAUUUGGCCCUCCUCCUGAAAUUGUGCCUCGCAAAGUGGUAGCUGCACGCACUUUAGAAUCAAAAGAAAGUAAAGACAUGGGAGAGCCUCUUCCAAGAAAUGUCCGAACAUCAGUUAAAGUUUCCAAUCCUGCGGGUGGCCAAAGUAACAUCUUAUUUGGCGAAGCGCCGGUUAAGAAGACAGCAAAGAAGAUACAUGAUCAGAAGUUUGCGGAGCUCUCAGGCAAUAACAUCUUCCAAGGAGAUGUUCCUCCAGGAUCAGCAGAAAAGCAUCUGAGCAGAGCUAAACUCAGAGAAAUCACUGGCAGUGACAUAUUUGCUGCUGGAAAAGCAGAAAUCAAAGACCCUGUUCGUGGUGCACGCAAACCUCCUGGUGGAGAGAGCAGCAUUGCCUUGAUCUAAAAUUUUUAGAAGAUAUUAAUUUGAUGUAGGUGUUGUAGAAAUAUUUCUGUAUCUUAACUCAGGUUUUUCUGUUAGAAGGGUCAGUGUGUUUUGAUCAUGAAGCAUUGUUGUUUGUUAGUAGGUUUCAGAGGACUUUCCAACUAUUAAGUAUGGAUGUGAGACAAAUCGUAGUUUUAAUUUUCAUCAUUGAUGAAUCAUGGAAUUGGUCCUCAUUCCCUAUCGACCAUUUUCCAUUUUUACUUA